CAGGAAGUCGCCUCACUCCUCGCUGCCACGCUCUCCUGUUUGAGUUGCGGGGUCUCGUGGGAACGGCCGCUAUAAACUGAGGGUACGGCGCUGUUGGGGAGCGCAGAGCACUCCCCCCCCCUCCCCGCAAACCCAAAGCGCGUUUUGCGGACACACCACUUCUUGUCAUUCUUCGAAUAUUUACUUGGCAAACUCGAGAAUAGCGCCUUCUGUGGGCAUUGCAGAGCUACAAGAGUGCCGCGCGUGUUUCCGUUCUCUCUUUGAGUGCGUCCCGCCUUCCCCUGCCAUUCGCCGUCCGGGGCGGGCAUUGUGAAGAGUGGUCUCUCGCUUCUCGUCUCGCAUUCUUUCUCCUUUUGCCUGCGGCCGUACCGGUCUUGCUUUCUUCGGGAGGCGAACGCGGGAGUUUCCGGAUGCUUUCCAGGAGGAUGUGCGGAGAAAGACUGUAGAAAGGCCCUGGGAGCGAUGUCUCUCCGCCGGCAGUCUGCAGAGAUCUCGUUCCCUUGAGGAGGUUGGGCGGCUUUUCGACGCGCGCUUCCCUGCCCCAGCGGAAUUGACGCUUCCCCCCAGUUCUGUGUCGAGUCGUCAAAGCAGCAACCGGGCUGGGUUCUGGCCCUCUUGUAUUCACGGUUGGUUCAAUAUCUAGUUCGGGAGGAGGAAGGGCUCAAAUACAGUCCGCAUUGUUCCGCGGUGUCAGGAAACUCCACAAAUUUGGCCACCUCCGGGCACACCCGGGUCCGCGCGUCAGAAGCGUGAAUUAGCGCAACUUGCUGGUUUCCGAGCGGGAGAGCUGCGGAUUUGAUGUCUACUCCGCGUGGUCGCUCUUUUUCUGGUGGUGUUCUGUCCAGUGAUUUUCGCCGGCGGCGUUCUCCUCGUCUCAAGAAACGGCCGACUCAAUUCCUCGCUCCCCCGGUUCUGGCUGGUGGCGUCUCAGCCACCGGGGCUCCCCGCGUUUCGGUCGGCGUCCGCCCCCGGCAAUGGGUUGCUUUUCUCGCGGCAGAAAAAGCGGAUUUGAGGCGUGUCUUCUCUUCCUGACUCGCCGUAAGCCUUUGGUGAAUGGCGGCUGAGAAGGCGAAGCUGGCGUCUCUCUCCGGCUUUCCUCCAGACGUGGCAGGAGCAGAGCACCGCGGCCUUGUUCCGUCGCUGGCCUCUGUCUCUCUGGCUCCGCAGACGGAGCUGAAUUCCCCCCUCAGAUCGUGGACGAACCUUCCACACGCGCAAGGAGCUUCUUCUCUGCGCCGCCGCCUCCUGUGAAACCCAGGGACCUGUCGAGCACGCAAGAUGUUCAGGUCGGCGCCCUUCGCUCCCGUCUCGAGAGGACCCGUCCCCGAUACAGCCUUCGGGAAACCCCCCGAAGACAAGGUGGAGAAAAGCUCUGCUGCGCCUGCCCCUCCGAGCACUUGGAAAGACAUGCUGCCGACUUUCGAGGCGGUCUUGCCUCAGUGGGGAACGCCGAGCAAACCCGCUCGAGUGCCAAGUGACCGAGGCGCCGAUCCAUUUUGCUUCUCGCCCAAAGCGAGUGGGCACCGCCUGUCGAGUGCAGUUCCAGCGGAAUCGCUUGGCCCGAGUCCACAGAGGGAGGAGCAAGACACGGUGCCUACGUACGCGGGUUCCUCCCGCCUGCUCGGCGUCUCUCCGGACUCCAUGUCGCCGGCUGAAGGCUCCUCAGCGUUCGACCCGCGCCUCGGAAAGUGCGAUCUGGCGGGGUUGCCCGACUUCUCUUCGCUACGAUCUUCGACCGACAGCCGCGUUCUCGAGCGCCUGCUCACGACAGCGAGCGACUUUUUCCACCUGCCCAAAAGGUGCCUCUCCCCGCCCCGCAACCGCUUCUUGGAGCAUCGAUCCUGCGACACCCAGCGUGCGUCCGGAACUCCGUUAGACACCGGCCGCUGUGCAAGCGACGCUUGCAACUGCGCUCUCUCGACAGUCUCCAGGGGGUCUGCCGACGACUCGGACAGCCCCUGGGAGGCGGCGUGGUCUUCGGACCGACAGGCAGUGUACGCUUCUUCUUCCUGCCCCCCGCGCCGCGACAGAGCGCGAAGCACCCGCCGCUCAGAGUUUGUCUCCGGCGGCCAGCGCCGCGCGGAGACCGAGGAGGCCCUAGGGUCUCACGGCUCCGACGAUCUAGCUCGCCCCGGCGCCUCAGACGAGCUCGCGGAAGACGCUUGGGAACGGUCUGUACAGCGCAUUCUUGGCGAGGCGGCCUCGGCAUUGCGCCGCUACUCCGUGGAGGGUAGAGACACCCGAGGCACGGUGCCGCUAGGCCGCGGUCAGCCGCGGGUUUCGCCUGCACCGCUUGCGGAUGAGAACGAGCUCCUGCCCCUGAGGGCCUUCUCGCAGACCGCGACUGGGAAGCUCGUGCUGGACCAGAGACCGGAGACCGGCCCGGAACGCGGACGCCUCGAGCGAGCGGCAGGGGGAUCAACUCGCGAGGGGCGUGCAUGCGCGGCGGUGUCUCCGUUCGAGGAUGUGGAUGCAAGUCUCUGCCACCCAUGCCGUCCGCGAGACGGGCCUGCGGAGUGCGCUGCGACUCGCGAGGCAGCUGAGUGUCUCGAGCGACUAAGAGAGCGAGAUUCGGAGAAGGCUGCGCGCCUCAGUCUCGCCCUGAUGCUGUCUCGGAGUCCGUUGCGUGCGACGAACAGUCGCAGUCCGGCAGAACACCUCGACAGCGACGAAGAACGCCGAGGAAGAGACGAUGCGGCAGUGGUGGAGAAGCGACCACGCGUGGAGCUUCCAGCGACGAUGCGCAGUUCCAUGGGUGAAGCGGCCUUGGGAGAACAAGACUGGCAAGCUUCCAGGGGCCUGACUUCCGAGCGGCGAAAGGCUUAUUUGGACGCAGAAGAGAGACGCGUCCGGGCGCUGCUGAGUGAAGUCGCCGGCAGAGUAGAGGGAAAGCGCCGACGAGAAGAAGACUCGGGCCUCGCGGCAUGCGGGUGCGUUGGCGAACCCGACGGGGACGGCGACUUACGUCUCGGCUGUCGAAUGCAUGCGCGCGCAUUCGACAGGCUGUGCCUGGAGCAAUCCCUGCGGCCGGGUCUCUCUGCAGAUCGACUGUCUCCGUGUCGGAGGAACUCGAGUUUGGGCAACGGCCUGCCAUCUCUGUCUUUCGCUGGGCGCGCCGACCCGAGCUUGGUUCCUUGUCCACGCGGCCGGUGCCUCGACGACGGCCUGCGACAACGCAGUCCCCUCGGAGAAAGCGUCUCCAGUUCCUUAUUCUUGACUUCCCGCGAUCGCCAAGACCUGCGUGACAGACCGGGGCCGUUGGGCAAGCUGAAGGAGACCAGUGAGCAGACACGAAGAGCGGACCUAGGCGCCUCGGACACUGGGUUCUUCGUGUCUAAGUCAGGCCGGUCGUCGGGCAGCUCAACGAAUCACGACACCGAAGGCGACGAAGGGGAGUUUCACAGAAGGGCGCUUGCGCAAGUGGCGUACUCGAUGCGUUCUGAGGACCUGGAAAGCGAGGGAGACGAGCAGAAACUCGAUCUCGAGACGCGCGAUGACGGCACCCUGCCGGACUGCUGGACUGUCGGUCAGAAGGACCACUUCACGGAGAAGUACAAGUGGCUGUUUUUGAGUGGCGGUAUGCUCGGCUGUCUGUACUGUCGAGCGAUGAAGGACCGAGGUCUCCGCGCGCGGAAGCGAGGCAUGAAAAUCGUCAGCCACUGGGCAGACGGAGCCGUGAAGCCUUCAGGGGCUUCGAGAGUGACCAACAUGCGCAGUUUACGCAAGAAGAUUUGCCGCCACCAAGACUCUCGCACGCACAAGGAGGCCGCAGAAUUGCUCGGAGAAGCUCCCCUCAAAGACGCCUCCGGUCUGAGUCAAAGACCCGUUGAGGCGAAGGGCGCAGCGCGCCGGCUCGGGCGUUCCGGCGUGACCGCCCCAGGUGGGGACAAAGACACAGAGGAACUCGCUUCCGACGAUGACAGCGACGACGAGGCAGGAGACAAAGAUGAGGACGGAGAGACCAAUAGGGUUCCGGGGCGGGACCUAGCUGGGGCUGACCACGGCGGCCCGAGCGACCAAGGCGACGGCUCUGUGGGCUUGAACGCGAAGAAAGCCGAGAAGCUCGAGAAAAGCACUCCGGAGGAUACGCGAUCGGAGACUGAUGACACCAGUGGCGGCACCACCGAGGAACAGCGAGUGGAGGACCGGGAAGAAGAGGCCCCUCUCCCGAGAGACAUUGGGAAGGGUUCGAAAGCGGGCGCCGAGGAAGAGUCUUAGGCACAGGAAACUCAACUGGGGAAUUCAGAAACGGAGAACACCGACGUGGGACGCGACGCGUGUCUUAACGGCGGGUGAGACAAUGGCAUUCCAGGUGAAGCGUGAAUUUGUGUUCCGACGCGGUGGGUCGCCGGAGAGGCAGAAGAACAGAGACCUUCUGGCUGCGAGGGUGGUCGGUCGAGCCAGAACAGUUCGGAAACACGCUCACAAGAUCGGAGUGUGUGUGUGUAUAUUCUUUGCGUGUUUUGGUGUUCGAGUGAAUUGGAAGGUGCCGCCGAGUGAAACGGGUGAACCUCAGAAACAAAUCUCCCAGUGCGGACUAAAGCGGAGGGGGAGACUCUGACGAGUUGUUGUGGCAGGUGGGUUUAAGAGAGUGGUAGAAGAACGGUAGAAGCCGUGUAGUUGUAGGAGACAGUAUUCCGAGAUGUGGGUGGUCUUUCUGGCUUGAAGGAAGGAAGCUGUGGUCUCGAAAGUCACGACGGUGGAACGAGUGACCGAGUUGUGUGUGUGGAGUUCCAUAGGUUGUUGACGGUGAAGGGUCGUUGGAAGAAAGGUAUCUUGCAGACUCAGAGUGUGGAUUUUCCCACUCUGCUUCGCGAGAAGGAAGACAGUGGAGGGUCGUGGAAGAGGCAGCUUUUCUGGGCGGAACGGGAGUCGUUUUUUUGUAGGUUUGCCUCCAAGUCGGCGGCAGUUCGUGGUGCGUUUUAGGUGUUGUCACGCAACGCGUUUGUCAGAAGGUGGAAAAGGGGAUCUUUGGAGGCGUCCCUGUGUGUCUUCCAGUUUGUCUCUUUGUUUCUGCGUGCAUACUAGUGGAGUCGAGGAGGAUCGCAGAAAACCGAAUUUGCCGGUGAAUUAGUCAGUGAAGGGAUUGGGGGAGAAUAUGGAGAGGAAUGGUGAAAUAUGGGUCACUAACGCAGACAGAGCGCGACAAUGGCCAGUGAGUAGUUGUUGGAGGAAGAGGACUCUGAAGGCCACAGUUAAAAAGAUGGGUCUUCGUGUAUUUUCUUGCUCGAAUCCAAGGAUACGCUAUUCCAGACAAGUAUGGCAACAGCGCCUCUGUCCAGAGGCGGCUCCUCUGUGUUUUACUUGAAGAUGAGCUUGUAUGCAGGCCAGAUGGGCAGAGGGUCGUUUGUCUCGUCGCGUGACCCCCGUGUGUACCCUUUUGGCGCAACUCGCAACUACAGGUGGGAUCUCUCUUUUUCGUGUCUUCUGUAUAGGUCGUACGACGGGGAGCUACCCUUGUCGUGUUUAGAUUGACGGAUGAUUCUUUUGCCUGGCAACUGUAAAACAACAGGAAUAGAACAGUUGGCCAGCGAUAUCGCGUGAAACAUGCGCUGCCCUGUGAUUUCUUCGUUUGCGUUCGUUCCGAUGUAAUUUCUAGUUUUCGCCGUAGCAAUGCUCGAGAACAGAAGUCACGUUCCGAUUGAACAUACUUGGCAAAAAAUUUUUAGCUCUUUAGUGCGGGUAUUCAAGCAGCGACAGAGCGAAGGUAUGGUGACGGAAACAUUUCUGCUGGCCCUCGGUGUAUUCAAGUGCGCAGGAGGCAAUCAGCUCCCUCAUUCUGGGGUCAGCUUCACCCGUGCCUGCUAAGCUUUCUGGAUGGGCGCCUGUUUCGCUACUGUGUAUCUGGGAGUUAUUACCAGCUUCUAGUGAAAAGGUGUCAGCGGUUGUGUAUCCCCUAUCCUGUUUUUUCUUCGUCUGACGACGAAUGCAUCUGGUCUGCGUUCGACAUUUAUGAGCGCCAAAGUGCUGUGAUUUAGUAGAUCUUACGUUUCAGGGGCCCUCUGAUGUGCUCUUGAUAUCACAUUGACCCGUUUUGCUCUACAGAGAAAGGCGCAGGGGUCUAAUAUCAUGCCCAUUUCUUUUGGAUAAAGUGUUUUUCUUAAGUCGUCUUGGAAGCCAUCCGAAGAAAUGGCCACUCGAUAUGAACCUGUCAACAACACAAAUGUGUGCUGCUAAACGGCUGAAAAUAGAACCUUUGUGGCUUUUCGGGGAGGUGUUAGCCGUGUGCUGCUCUCGGGAAUGCUGACUUCCGCUCGUAGUGGAACGUGAAUUCCUGGCAGACGAGAGUCCAGCCGCAUGCAUCUAGCAGAAUUCACUUCAUAAACAGCUGACGUCUUUUUUCGAGGCUUCGGUGGACGAAUCAGACCAGGUCUUGCGCGCGCUUGUUUCAGAGUCGUUUAAUACGACGGAUGUUCAAGCGUGUCUACCUGGAGAGCACGCAUUUCAAAGUGUGGAAAUAUUUCUCGGUAGUGCACUGUGUGGCAGGCGUGCUUUCACCGCCACGUCUCUGCACGGAAAUUCCUCCUUUCGUUUAUACCUAAAUGAGCAACACGUAAUUGAUGAGCCUGGGUGCGGGGGAAUGAAUGCCGGUAGAUACUUACAUGCGGGAUAGUAGUAUUCUCUUGACGUGAGAGUUUGAUAGCGGGACGGGCUGCCUGCAACCAAUGUCUACUGAGUUUGUCUACAAUGGAAUCAUUCCCGGGACGAAGGCACAAGUCUUUUCGUAUGCGAAGAUAAGGCACUGGGUGAGCAGAGGAAACUGGGCUUUUGGGUAUAAGGCUGACCAUCGAGGGUAGGUUUAUGGUCGCCUUCUUAAUGCUCGAUUUUUUGCUCUGCUUGUUCAUACUCAAGGCAGCAAGUCUUGGAUGCAGUUGCUGGAAGUUGAGAUACGCAUGAGCCCUUUCGCAAACCCACUCAGCCGUAAACUGCUGUGUGUCCACACCUCACAUCAGUGACUAUUUUUGGAAAGAAACGCUAGGGUGCCACUUUUGAGCUGACCUCAACGACCAAUGCCGGGAGAGUGUCGCCAAAUGGGGUGCUGCUCGCCUAUUUCACACACAUGUUACAUGAUUACCUCUGGUAAAAAAAACUUCACACAUCGGAUGCGUGUGACGUGAAAUUGACCUGGACUGGCACGGCCAUUUAUACUUCUAGGUUAUGUAAGCAAUUUUGACCCGCGCAGUAUACUGUCGGCCCCGAGCAUUCUUCACAGAUGUUGUUUCGGCUGAAACCGAGUGCAACCGGUCACGAGUUGCCCCCAGUAUAUCUCCCCCCGUUCCCGGGCAACUGCUUUCGGUUCAUCAUGUAAGAAUUCGAGUGCGGAACAGACAGAUGAAACCUUCACGUAUUGCCCACACAUUGAGGGAGAGCUUAUUUUUCGGGAAACCGUUUCCGUGGCCUGCUUCGAACCUCGAGAUAUACACGCCAUCCAAUGCUUCAGACGUAAAAACUUAUCGAAGCCAGUUGAUGUAAUUGUACGAGUGG